CACAUGACUUGACCUAUAUCCAGUGACCUCCAGUGACCUAUAUUCAUCUGUUGUCCUCCUCGUUCCAAAAAUAGUAAAUCUCGAGUGAUAAUUCGAGAUUUCAGGAUUUUAGGUGAAGGUCAUUAUAGUAUUUUGAAUUUCAUCGCGGGUUACGAUCAUUUAAUAUGGUUAAAUAGAACUAAGAAGGAUCCACAGCAAUGUCCACCAGGCCAUCAUCUGGGAAGCAAACAAAUAAGUCCAAAGACAAGAGAUCCACAGCUGAGCACAGACACAGUGAAGAUCAUGAACAAAGAAACCUUGAUGAUGCAGUGGCCUACUUCACAAAUGAGGACUCCAGCACCAAGGUACGUAACAACCUGCCACUGUCCCUGUCACUGGAGACUAUAGAGAACCAGGCUAAGGACAAUGGGCUGGGGACAGAGCAUAUAGAGGCACUAGUGGAAGUGGCAGCCUCCUCUAGAUUUCCUGACAGUGUCAACAUACGGCUGAUCAAGAGCCUGAUUCCUAAUGACAAGGUGACAGCAGAGUCCUUCCUCACAGCAGUCUCUUGGAUGUGUACCAAUAAACCUUCAUCUAAUGUACAGUCUAUGUUGAUACGGUGGAUGAUCAUCGUCUAUGACCUGGUGGAGGAGCAGCAGAAGGUGCAGACUCUGUAUGGAAUGAUCUUCUUCUUCACUGAGAAUGAAACUAUGUGUCCACAUGUAUGCCAGCUGCUGUAUCUGAUGACCAGGAAGGAAGAUGUUCGCAUGUUCAGGAUAAGGCAUCUGCUCAACUUGCAGCUCAAAAUGGUAAAUUACUGUGAGUUAUAA